AUGGUAACAACAACAUUAACGCCAAUAUUAACGUCAACGUUAACAGCAACAUUAACAGCAACAACGAUGACAACAGCACCAUUAGCAACAGCAAUAACAACAAUAACAAGAACAACAACAGGUUCAACAUCGUUGGAUAUGAGAUCGUCGAUUGUUAAUGUUAACCAGAAUAAUAUCAUGGCUCGUCAUCCUUGUCCAAAAUGUUAUAGAAGUUACAAACACCGUAGCCAUAUGAUACGACACCUUAGAUACGAGUGUGGAAUAUCUCAAAGAUUCAAAUGUCCUUAUUGCAAACAACAUUUGCGACAAAGGACCCACGUUUGGACCCAUAUACGUACAUUACACCCUAAUCAAGAACUUUAUUGUAUCGAUAUUGAUACUAAUACAAGAUUACCUAAACGAGAAUAUAGGAACGAAUAA